GCCCCGUCUUUGCUCUCGAACAAGCUGCUUGACAUGAUGUCAAACACUGAUCCAGUCGAUCCAGGAACAGCUGCUGGUCCAAGCCCAGCUACUGAGCAGAAAUCUGGCGACGACCUGUGGAGUGAGGCUGUCAAACUGCUCCGUCCCGGGGAUGAAGAGCAGCUUCGUCUAGAGAAAGCGGAUAAGCUUCCAGUCCUUGAAGAAGUCCUCGCGGCCGCGAUCAAGAAACGCGAGAGAUGCAAGGACAGACAAUGGAGAAUCAAGAAGAGAGACGGCACAGUGAUCGUGCUACGCGAUGUGUUUGACAAAAUUGCGUCCUGGCUGAAGAAGCUGGAAAGCAUUGGAGAUUGUGUGGCCCAGCUUGAUUCGGUGCAUUUGGCACUACCUUGGUCUGUCAUCAAGUUCUUCCUUCAGCUCUCGACGGGCGACAAUGAAAAGCUCGGCAGCGUUUACGACCAAUUGGAGAAGAUAACCAACCUGAUUGGUCGGUAUGGAAUUUUCGAAGAGCUUUACCUAGAAGAAUCUUCCAAAGCAUCGAACCUCCUCAAGAAGGCCAUUGUCAAGCUUUACGCCUCUGUGCUAACAUUCCUAGCCGAGGCGAAACGAUAUUAUGCGCAGGAUACUGCGAAACGUAUGGCGAAGAACAUACUGCAAAUCUCAGAUUGGGAUGUCGACAAACUUGCAGAUAACAUACAAAGCGAACAGGCUUGUGUAGAUGAGAUUGCGAGGCUGAUAGAUGCUGAGUCCCUGCGCAAUGCAAGUCAAGGCAUCAAGCGCUUAUCAAAAGGGGCUCGAGAACACAAAGAAGAACUGAGGAAAGCACUCGGCGACCUAGGGAUCGAUCACAUCAACGAUCAAUUGACGGUUCUCACCAAAGAUCUUGCGAGCACAAAAAAACGGGAGUUACUUGAUUGGAUCUCCAAGAUCCCUUACUCGGAGCACCACGAAAGUGUGAGAAAGGGCCGUUUGAAAGGUUCCGGGAUUUGGUUGUUUGAACAAACUCAAUACGAAGAAUGGAGGAAAUCAACAUCUUCUUCGUUGUUAUGGAUUCAUGGAAUACCUGGUUCUGGCAAGAGUAACCUUGCGUCACUAGUCAUUGAUACAUUGAGAGAAAAUCGGAUGAAUCCACAAGCCGAACCGCUAGCGUAUGUCUACUGCGCGAGAAAUGCUAAUGAGCCUGAGCGAGCCGACCCCAGUCCAAUAGUCCGAUGCCUUCUUCGACAACUGGCAUGUCCAAAGCCCAAAAUGGACAUUCAAGAUGUGGUGUUGAGGAAACAUCAAGAACUUGAGGAGGAAGGUUUCGAGGGUGUAAACCCCAGAGAUCUGAGUUUAAUAGAGAGCAAAGAAUUGAUCCUUGACUUGUUAGAGAGUCACAGAGCGACCAUCAUUAUCGACGCUGUCGACGAAUGCAUUCCUGGAUCAAGAUAUCAGCUACUAUCUACCAUCAAGGACCUCUUGCAAAAUGCUUCGUGUCCAGUCAAAAUAUUGCCAUAUUGUUGAUGCAAGCAACAAUACGGGCGAUAUUGAGAGAUUCGUUGAGCUUGAAGUCACCCGGGCUGUCGAAGAGGAAAGACUGCUCGGC